AUGAACCACUUUGGAGGAAGUGCACAUUCUGGGCGAGAACACAGCACACGAUCGAUCGCAGAACUGUCACUUGACACUCUGGGCCAGUGGUUCUCAGUCCCGGCUCCAUAUCACGAACACCUGGUGAUUCUGGGGCCUCAGCACUUGGAAGGCUUCCCAGAAGAUUCUAAAGUCUGCCGGGUUCAGAACGAGUUUCUAGGCCCCCGUCUGGGGGUGGGGGUGGACAAGGCGCGUACUCGUCCCCGGCGCUCCCGGGCCUGGGUCCUCUGCUCCGGUCCCGGCCCGCGAGUCCGCAGGAAGCGCGCCCUCAGCCCGCUCGGCGGGCGCGUGGGGUGCCUCAGCGGCGCAGACCCUGGCCCGCCCCCCCUCCGGCGCGCCCUGCCCCACUCACCCACUCCCCGAGACCCGCGGCAAGAGCCGAGGGAGGCGCAGGCCCGCAGCGAGGCCCAGCCGUCCACGGGGACACGACGCGCGCGGGCGGAAGUGCGCCGCCGGCCGUGCCCACGUGAGGCUGCUCUAGGAAGCGCCGGAGGUCCGCGCUCGGUGGUUCCCGCCGGAGUUCAACCGCGCCUGGAGGCUGGGCAGCGGCCCCGGGCAUCCGCUCUGUGCUGCAGUGGGACUCCCUCUCCUUCACUCGCCCGCACCAGCGCACUGGGUUCGAUGGUGGCGGUAACCCGUGAGGACCAGAGCCCCCAAGGCUUGGGACUUCCCUGGUGGCGCAGUGGUUAAGAUUUCCCCUGCCAAUGCAGGGGACACGGGUUCGAGACCUGGCCCGGGAGGAUCCCACAUGCUGAGGAGCAACUAAGCCCAUGUGCCACAACUACUGAACCUGCACUCUAGAGCCUACGAGCCACAACUACUGAGCCCACAUGCCACAACUACAGAAGCCCGUGCACCUAGAGCCUGUGCUCUGAAACAAGAGAAGCCACCGCAAGGAGAAGCCUGCACACCGCAACGAAGACCCAACGCAGGCAAAAAAAAAUAAUAAUAAUUUUAAAAUUUCAUGCUCCUAUGUAGUGCUAGAUGCACUGGUAUUUGCUCACAUGCUCAAAGUGGUCAAAGUAUCCAACAGCUUCAUAACAGGAAUAGAAGUGCUGUGGAUGUGAGGUUUUUAAAACUACCUGGAUAGAGGGAUCAAAAUCCCAUCCUCCCCCCACCCCAGCCCCCCGACCCCGACUGCUUUGCUCAAUAAACCAUUAGAUCAUUUA